ACGCAAUCGGUUGAUCCUCACCCGUGAUCUGAACACAAUCACUCAUUCAAAACCGGCAAAUGUGAGGAGCCAUGGGAACUUUUCGAGUCACAAUUGUGGAUAAGGUCUCUUGUGCACCGACCGUGUGACGGCACUGAUGUAUCCCUUUCCGCAUACCUGAAUCUACCCAAUCUGACAGUAAAGCCGCAGCAAAACUUUCAUCUUUCGCACUUUAUCAGCACCAGUGAUUUUUUCGUUCGGUGCACCUGAACAACAAUGCCGCACAGACCACUGUCUUACAGAAACACCGGGUAGUGAGAUAACCGACCCAGAGGAGUCAUGUCGAGCUAUCGUAAUUCAAGCGUCAGAACACGUGAUAGUGGACCUACUUAUACGAACGGUCUUCAGUUUGGGCGCGCCUACGGAAGCACCUCAAGCACUCCAGCAUCUCCCCAUAUUUCUGGUACUGCUCUGAAGCCCAUUAGAUCGCCCUCAUCCUACUCCCAGUUUGGAGUAAGCUAUGGGUUGGGUGGGUCGAGUGGACUGCGACAUUCUGGAACCUCUGGUGAUGUAAAGAAUAUAAAUGAUAGCGACCGUAGCAUACAUUCUCGUCGCCCCAGUAUUGAUCGAACGUCUGCUGGGUACACAGAUUACACAUCUCCCUUUUCCAGUUUCUCCAGCGGACGGUAUUCUACCAGCACCCUCUCAUCAAGAGACUCUAGUUCUGGAGUAGGAAGUAACUUUAACAAAACGGGAGGCGUUUAUUCACGCUCUCUAAGUCAGAACGUCGUUCAGGAAGAGGAAGCGGAACCUUGUGAGUCAGCUAGCAAAACUUCAGAGGGCUAUGUGCUUGUAACGAGCAGGUCAUGUUCGACUGAGGAAGAUUCUGGUUUUCGCAACAAAAUCUCAGGGAUUUCUUCGACCAAAACAGAAAAAAUGCAAAGAAACUCCCAUAAGCUACCCGUAGUGGCAAACAGUACUCAAACAGCGGAUGACAUUCUGUUACCUUCUGCCAAAAAUUCUGGUAGCACAACGUCAGCUGGUCCAAAGCUGUCCACUCCAAGGAGAUUGAACAUUGGUGGACGCUAUUUGACCCAACUUCAGAAACAAGAAUCAGAUCCACAGAGCCCAAAACCUGGGAAGGGAGGAUGGCGAGAAUCCGUCUAUGGGAUAGAUUAUUCUAGUAAAUCUAGAGCCCAAACGCAGCCACCGCAGUCACCACAACCUGCUCAGAAUCUCUCAUCGACCGAGCAACGAAAACUUGAGCGAAAUCGGAAGUUAGAAGAAGAAUGGAAGAACCAAAUACAGCUGGAGAUUGAACGUGAGAGCCGCAGGGUUCGUCAGCUUGAACGAAAAGCUAGAUGGGAAAAAGAUGAGAUGAAAAAUAAAGAAAUAGAGGAAGAAAUACAGCGGCGAAAACAAAUAGCCGCUGAGUUGCGGGAGCAGGAGGCGAACUUGCGCAACGCGGAGGAACAACGCAAACGUGAGCUGCCGAGUAACUUAGUGAGUGCAAACACUCAGUCACAGGAUCCAAUACAGAAAGUAAACGCUUGGAAACGCCAAAAUGCUCUACAGGAUGCCGAUCCACCGUCUGCCGGGGAAAUGGGUGGUUCACAACUCUGGGAUGUUGAAGAACAGGCCUGUGAACCAGCUGUUGUGCAGCUAAGAGAGAAACAUACGCAUCAUCAUCCCCAGCUGAGAAAAUCGGAGGUCUCACGAUACUCUAGGGACUCAGAAGCAACCAUUCGCCAAGAUACAUUGACUUCGGAGCAAAAAAUCAAUGGCACAGUCCCAAAUUUGGCGUCCAGGAGACGCAGCUCUAUAAAUACAGCUGGUAGUAUCUCUUACGCUAUGCAACACACAGACAUAGAUGAUCUCCUAAAAGAUAGACCAUCCUCCAGAUCAGAUGCAAGCUCGGUUAAAAAGAAAGAUGUCAGUGGACCUCCGUCUCCACGCCGUGAAUACUACAGAGAUGGAAGUGGGGAUUCCGACGAAGAAGAAGUAAAGCUUGUGUACAAAUCCUGGAAGUCCAAGGAAAUGUUCCAGCGCAUGACUACGGAUGUUCAGAACUUGCUUAUGAAAAGCCACAAACGACCAAUUAAUGUUAGAAUGUUGAUGGAUAUAUGUCGGAACAAAUAUCACGACAGGCGCUUUACGGACGCUGAGGAGAAGAGCUUUCGUGGAUACAAAACUGCCAACGAACUUCUCACAGAAUCAGGCGUGGACGUCAAAAAACUGGAGGAAUCUGCAUUGCAACUCUGUCGGUUUGCCCAAGCACAGUCCGAAUUUGGAGCUUAUUUGGAUUUGGACUCAUCCUUACAAGAACAAUGGGAAGAGCUAGAAAUUUCUCCAGAUCAACCCAAGUUUCUCACAUGGAUUACCGGGGUUUAUUUCCACCUAAGUGCAGUUAGCGGACUGAUUGGUAUGAAGAGACGUUUGAAGGCUCCUAUUCUCCAUAUUUUCACUUCAGAGAAGUUACUCAACUCCACUGGACGUGAAUUGCGAAGAGCACUUUUUUCAUUGAAGCAAAUUUUCCAGGAUGACAAAGAUCUUGUUCCAGAAUUCGUAUCCAACUCUGGACUUGAUUGCCUUAUCAGUGUUGGUUCGAGGUCAGAUCAAAAUCUUCAAAACUACAUUCUACGAGCCUCUACUGGUCGCCCGUGGUCUUAUUUCAUCUCCAUCAUGACGAAUGAUGCCAACGGGACCGAACUGCCUAUCUAUGCAAUGGUUCUGUUGAACAAGACUUUGAAUGCGAUUCCAGACCAAGAUACGUUCUACGACGUAACCGAUUGCUUAGAGGAAAUGGGCAUGCAGCAGAUUGUUCAGAGUAACCUGAGCAAGGAAAACAAUGAUCCAGAGCUGGUCGAGCAAUUCCAUAUAUAUGAGGCGAUGCUUCGUUCUGAAGAUGGAGAGGAAUAUGAUCUAUCGGCACUGCCUGCCGGAAGUAGAGAAUGCAUUCGACAAUCCAAGAGAAUGCCCAGGACCCAGUAUCUGGAAACACCAGAAGGCAUGGCGCUGCUUUCAUCACUCAACCUGCUACCAACAAGCCCCGCGCUAGCAGUGGAGAUGGAUGGGUCAUUGCGACGAAAGUCGAAACGUUAUCAGUCAGUAGAAAGUUUGAAUCUCAGCAAAGGAUUAGGAAAUCAAAAGUUCUUUCAAGGUUCUCGGUGGAGCGCGGUGAUGGAGAAUGGCACUGUUGAUACUCCGAAACCUAACGAUAUUCAAGGAACUCAGUCCCUUGACCUGAUUCCCGAAAGAGCGCGUUCCGUCGAAAUCAUACCGUCCGUGGAGGACUCGUUUUCGAGAAACUCAUUUGGUGAAACAACAACAAAUGGUCCGCAAUUCAGCGAAUUCAAAGAGGAAAUUUCGGCUGCAAGUACCUUGCUUGACAUAUCCGGGAAGCACAACGGUCAUGAGCCUGAAAAUGAGGAUACAGCAGCUAAUGGGCCUCCAAAUGUGUUAAUCAUACGAAGAGAACUGAAAAAUAAUGGAUUCAUGAAGAGUGAAGCUAAAGAACUAUCCCUGAUAAAUGGCAAGCAGUUCCCCUCCGGACAGCUACAGUAUCCUGGAUUUCUUGAAAAUGGCUCUGGAACGGCACAUCAAGACAGAAUGCCACAGGCAUGUCUGUUUGAGGACGGGUCAACGAUUAAAGAUACGGAAUCCACCGCAACCGAGACACUACAGGCAGAGUCGAUGGAUGAUUCCAGUGACGAGCAUCUUGAAACAGUCGAACAAAUGUGCAAGUACUCGCUUCCCAGUCGCGGAGACCAAAUGUUUGCUGAGCGCUCUAAACUUAACGACAACGAACUGGAGAUCGAUGACUCUGCUGACGAUUUGCACGGCAAGGCAGUGACGGUGCCCGAAAACCCACCCGCAGGCUCGCUUCGAAGUAAAAUUGAAGCGCUUGGAAAGGCAAGUCAAAAAGCAACGGAGACAACCGUGGUUAAUGGUCCUACAUCACCUACCGGUGCUGUCAGGGCACUUAAGGAGAAACAUGCAGCUAUUUUUGAAAAGCCGGAAGAGCAAAUUAAACCGGUUGCCCCACGUGAACGGACUGGCAUGAUUUUUUCCGUGAAAGAGCGUUUCGAAAACGGUAAAGCGGGAAGGACUGGAACGGAUCAAGUCUCCUCCCUGCAGGCACGAAAGACUUCUGGAGAUAUCUCCUCCGCCGCUGCAGCUGCUGUACAGCAUGCACAUGUGGACAUAGAUUCCAAUGUGGACGCAUUUUGGGAGCACUGCUCCGAGCGGGUGAAGCGGAAGCCGCUACGACUGCGUGAUCUCGAUUUCACCGAUCUAGAACAGGCGGAGCAAGAAGAGACCGUCCUUCGAAUCGGUGUCCCCGGCCCAACACCAGGCAUUGUUUCUGGAAUCCCGCCUCCCCCUCCUGCGGGUGCCGUUGGAGCUGCGGGUCUACCUCCACCUCCGCCCCCACCUGGACUUGGUCUUCCGCCCCCACCACCACCACCAAAUGUAGCUGGUCCCCAGGCAGGGCCCACUACACCGAUAAAUCUUCCCCCGGCCCCUGGUACCGAACUUCCCAAGUCCAAGAAAACCAUAAAACUACAUUGGACUGAAUGGAAACCGUCGCAAAAGGAUCUGAAAUUGAUUGCGAGUGCAAAACCCCAAGACAAAACGGAUUCCGCUGUGGUCGCCAAAGGAAUAGGAAGCCGGUAUUUCAGCUCUGUUGCAAACCGGACAAAGGAUCCAAAAGAAAAACCGAAGGAUCUGAAAAAGUCAAUCAUAUGGUCCGAACUAGUCCCGAUCAAACUGGAUGCGGAUUAUUUACAAGAAUGUUUCGAAAACAAAUCAGCUGAACUUAAGGUUAAGGCACUUCAAUCCGAGAAAAUCUCCAGCAUCAUCGACUACGAUGGCUCGGUCAUGUGCUACGCAUGCCAAAAGACAGUCUACCGAGAUGAUGAUGAUGGUGAUGAGUGCUAUGCUUAUCAACACAACUUUUGUCCGUUUUGGUAUACCCGCCCCUAUCAGAAACAAGAUGCUGGACUUCGGAAAAUCGAAGUUCUGGAUGUGAAACGCUCAAACGCUAUCAAUAUUGGUAUGAAAGUGCUUCCACCUCCCCGUGCAAUUAGUACGGCAAUUUUGAAAAUGGACCCGUCGAUUAUCAAUCGCGAGGGAAUCGAAAAACUUCUCACCUCCAUGUUGCCAACUCCAGAAGAGUGUGAAGCCAUCUUAAAAGCCAAAGCUGAACAGAAUGGCCUACCCCUCGGUCAGGCAGAACAGUUUCUAAUAACUCUUUCUGAAAUCACGUUUCUGAAACCCCGGCUGGAAUUAUGGUUGUUCAAACUGGACUAUGAAAGCACUGAGAAGGAAGUGGCCGAUCCUUUAGCAGAUCUGAAACAGGGUAUCAAUGAAGUUGUCCAGUGCAAGACUUUGCGUUAUGUGAUAUCCACCCUCCUCUCUAUUGGAAAUUUCCUCAACGGAACCAGUUUCCGUGGUUUUACGUUUGACUACUUGGCUCGGUUGCCCGAGGUGAAGGAUACCAAGAACAAAAACAGCAUGCUUCAUCAUGUCUGUUGUAUCGUCCUGGACCAGUUUCCUGACAGUACCGAUAUACAUUCCGACCUCGGUGCGUUGUGUCGAUGUCAUCGCAUCGAUUGGGAAGAACUACCCGAAAAACUGAGCAAACUGGAACGAGACAGUAAACAAGCUUGGGAACACUAUCGAGUGAUCUUCAAUUCGGAGAAAGAAAAACAAAAGAACGCCAAAUUGUAUGAGUUUGUUACGGAUGCCAUGGAACGAAUUAUCUGCCUUCAGCUGGUCUAUCGAAAGUUGAUGGCUAGAUUUCACCAUCUGCUGGAAUACCUCGGUUAUCCGCCCAGUCGCUCGAUGAACAUGCCUGUGGGACAAUUUUGUCGUACACUGGCUGAGUUCGCUCUGGAAUAUCGAACAACCCGAGAGAAAAUUAUCGAGAGUCGUGAUAAGAAGGCCAAAGCUCGAGAGCGGCGGCGAACAAAUGGCAAACUUAUUAUUGAUGUGGCCGGUUUACGAGGUACGCCGAACAGAACGAUUCAAGCACAGGAUGACGAAGCCCUUAAAGGAAUUCUUUCGCGAAGUGAGCAAGAUUCAGACGCAUCUUCCCUCAUGGGAACACUCAACAGAAGGCGAGGGCAAACACCAGCCCGUCGUCCUGCCAACCGUGGUCCAAGUCCGAAUCCUCUUGGUGAAGCUUCCGAUGCAUCAAUGGAAGCUCUUUAUCCCAAUCAGGAUGCACUUCUGGAUGCAUGCUGGCGAGCUUCCACUGACUCACUUUCAGUCGGGUCUCGAGCAGCCCCUCGUGAACGUCGCAGGCCUGCUGCUCGAGCACGACAUUCGAUUCGUAGGACAAUCACUCAAAAGUUGGCUGAAGAAGAGAUGCGUGCGUUGGAGCGCAUUUGUCAAACGGCAGCCCAGUCAUCCCUAUAAUUUUUCAAUCACCCGUGAGAACCCUCGAGGCCUACAAGCGAUCGGGUUGGGAGCGGUCAAUUUAACCCUGCUCCAUUUCAUCCCAUUUCGGUGACUGUUAUACCAACUUUCGUGAUCGCCGACCAAUGGGUACCAUUGUUCCUGAAAACAAGCUGCAAACCUCACGAUGGAAUAUCUAUUGUACAGUCCUGUGCGCACGUUUGGCACCGUCCUAAUACUCACAACCAAGCACAUACGGACCUGACUGCGGUCACCGCAUGAAACCCAUUUCAGCUGUAAAGAUCUUUUCACUUCUUUUGACAAUGCAUUUAGGUACAACUUUCACGUUCUACUAAAUUGCGCAAUGCCACCUAUAGCUUGAUUGACAGAACUCCUUGAGGGGUCAAGAUUUCCUUUCUGUUUUGUCCAAAGAUUCAAUUUUCCCACCAUCACGGACUCUCGGUAAUAACAUCAAUUGAUAAUCCAUGACUCGCUGUCGGAACAACGAGGAUGUCAACUCGAUUAGAUGCAUCCUGAAGAUUCUGCUCAACAACACUACUUUCUUUUGCUCUUUCAUUUUUGGCUCGUUUUCGUUUUUCCAUCUCACGGUCGUACGUGAUCUAAUGUGAUGAUUCACUUCUGUCGUGUUCAACAGCCACGAAUUUGGUAGAUUGGUUUAAGUGAACUUUGUAGUCACGCAAUACUGUGAUGCAUUGCAUAUAUUUUGUACUAGAACGUGUUGUACACAUGUACCACCACAAGGUGAAAUUUGGUUGUCAGCUACUGGUUUGCUGAGAUCAACUACCCUCUUGGCUGAAGGUUUUAUGCUCAAGAUCACCCGGAAACCACGAUGGCACUACCAAUUAUGUGGUCUUAGUAAUGCUUUCAUGUACGUUUCCAUCUUGUUUGGGCAGCAGGCCAAUAGUGGUGAGAUACACGCGCUGAUCGCGAUGCAAGCACAACGAGCAAGCCCUAAAAACACUUCACCCCUCCUCCAAAUCUUGUUUCGAAUUUUCUAUCACUAUUUUGUCAGCGGUCGCUGGGACACCGACCGUAUCUACUCCCGCAUACCUAUGACAAAACCCCAUGCAUCCCAAACUGUCCAUGGCGAAACCUACCGCAUUCACAUGACUUUCCGGUCACCUUGUUCAGCUGCAGAUUAUCAAGAUUGCCUAUAACUAUACAUACUUACACCAUGCACAUCCACGAGCCUAUGCAUACACCCACAUAAUGAACGUUUGGAC